AUGCAAAAUGCAUGGUAUAAAAUUAAUAAGGCUAUGAAAAAUAUUCAAAAUGUUAUAUCAACGGAAGAUGAUACAAUAUUUAUAAAUGAAAAAAGUGAAAGUUUGAAUAAUGAUUGCAAUAAAGAAGUAACAAAUAAAAAAGAAUCAAAUAUAAAUUACAACAUAAAAAAGUCAACUCUAAAUAAUUGUGACAGUAAAAAUCUUCUAUUUAAUGAUGAAGAAAACAAUAAAGAAAAAAUAUACACCAAGAAUAUUCUAUAUCAAGAAAUAAUUAAUAACAUAAAUUUAUUUAAUAGUUUCAUAAAAAAUGAGAAGACUCAGUUAUUUAUCAAUGAAUACAAAAUUAAACAUUAUAAUACAGAAGAAAAAAAAUUUUUUUUACUAGAUUUUAUUUGUAUGUGUAAAUAUAUUUUAUAUAUUUUAACAAAAUUUUUAAAUAUUAAUUUAGUGGAUAAAUUUGAAUAUAUUCAUAUGAAUAAAGAGGAAUACGAUUAUAAUAUCACACAUUUAUUCUUGAAUAUAUUAAAAGUAGAUAAGUUAUUUGAGAUAAACAAUGAUAAAGAAAUAAAUAAAGAAAACAGUGAAGAUAACAAAACAUAUUUAAAAAAUAACAUUGACCAAAAUAAGGGAGCAAAAGAAAAAUGCUCCAUUUCUAAUUAUUCUGAAGAAAAAAAAAUUACCAUUGAUGUAAAAAAAAUUUUUGAUUUAGAAUAUAAAAAAGAAAACACUGACACUGUUAUUAAUAAGAAAAACAUUUCAAAACAAAAUGAAAAUUUUAUUAUAACAAAAGUACUGAAAGAUGAAAAUUUAUGUAAUUUACAUGAUGAAGUAUGGAUAGAAAGUAAUGAAAGCAAAAAUAAUAAAAUUAAUAAUAAGCAUAUUAUAAAAAAGGAAGAAAAUACAAUUAAUGAAGGUUUUCAGAAAUAUAGAAUUUUUCAUAACAACAUUGACAAAGAAAAAAUUGAAGUUCAAAAUAUGGAAACUAAUAUGAAAGAGAAAAAAAGAAAAAAUGAUUACAAUGUGGAUAAUAGUAAUAAUAUCCCAUGUGAUGAAAAAUCUCUAAUUUUUACUAAUGCUGAUUUAGAUUUUAAAUCUUUGGAAAAAAAAGAGGAUACACUAAGAAAUAACAACAAUGAAAUUUUUCCAAAUAAAGCUUCCCUUAUAGAAUGUGAAGAAGAAGACUUUUCUAUAAAUAAUGAAAAUAGAAUAAAUCUAAAAAAUAUUAUAAAAUCAUUAGAAGAAGAAAAUAAUGUUAAAAUAAAUUUAUUAAACGAUAAAAUAAAAUAUUUAAAGGGUGAAAUAAUUAAAAAUAAAAAAAUUUUAAUAAAUUUUGAAAAAUUAAAAAGUGAUGUAGAAAUUUAUAAAAAUGAAUUAAAUAAUAAAAAUAAAAUAAUUGAGGACUUGAUUCAUGAGAAAAAUAUCUUGCAAGAUCAUAUCAAUAAAAUACAGUCAAAAUUAGAUGAUACCAAAAAAAUAAAUGAAGAUAAAGAUAAAUUAACAAAAUAUUGCAAAGAAAAUCAUGUGGAUAAACAAAUUAUAAUAGAAAUAAUAAAAAAUAGUCAAGAUACUUUAAAAACAAAAAAUAUUAAAAAUCAAAUAUUUCUUAUUUUAUGUGAUAUUUUAGGUAUUAAAGGCAUAAUAGAAGAUUUCCAAGAAAAAACUAUAUCAGAUCAAUUUCUAGAAUUCUUAGAUGAAGAAACAAAAGAAUUUUGA